GAGAUACAUGCCCUAGAACUCGUAAAAUGAGAUCUAAUGCGAUUUAUAAUGUUAGAAUUAGAACAAUCAUUAUUCAUUAGUAGAAGAGCAGACAGUAUCAUCCUACGCUUACCCAGCGCAUUUUAGCACAGGCUCUCUGCAAGAAAACGAAGAUUACUGUUUUUUCUUUUUCUGCUCGGCGGAGACGAGAGCGAGCUUGAUUCAUACCUAAACCACUUCUUUUGGUUCCCGCUGAAAUUGAAGUCAAUCAAACCAUCUCUCUCUCGCCGGCAUGGAAGUUUCUACGAGAAGAUUUUUGAGUCUUUAUUCUAUCCCGGCCGUCUGCUUCUCCCUGGUCAUCUUUCAAGUUGCUAUCAUCAGAGCAGAUGUACCCAUUACUCCAACACUUAGACGAGACUCCAAAAGACAUCAACCAUUGCACGACUGUGAGCAAUGUAGUCAUGGAAAGGAGCAAGGUCGAAGAUUACACUCUUUUGCGUCUGGUGUCGGGGAUCAUCAAGGUGAAAAGGAUAUUGACAUAAUUGCAGCGUAUAGUGAUGCGUCUGGCACUGUUAAAAUCAGUAGUGUGAGAACUAGAGACCUCUCUGCUUCCUGGGUCUGGGAGAACCCAAUUGGUGAAAACCAUGACCAGCUGAAGGGGUCCAAGGCACUUAAUGAUUCAUUUGAAUCUAUGAGAGUUGAAGACAAGGUUGAGCAUUCCACUAACGAACAUCAAUUUGGUGAACCUGGAAUCCAACGCCUGCAAACAUCUCCAAUGAACCCGGUGAAGCGGAAGCGCAAGGCACUACGACAAGAAAGGAGGGAUCUUCGAACUGCAGAGCUGAUACGACGGGAUAGAGAAAUUGACAAUCAGAUGCAAGCAGCAGCCAUUGAACGUUCUAGAGAGUUUGACACUACUGUCAAAGGAAAAUACAGUAUAUGGAGGAAAGAUUUUGAAAACCCCAACUCAGAUUCUUUGUUGAAACUUAUGCGAGAUCAAAUUAUAAUGGCCAAAGUAUAUGCAAGCAUUGCUAAGUCUAAGAAUGAGAGUGGUCUAUACAAUUCCCUGAUGGCACACUGCAAAAAAAGUAACCGUGCUAUUGGAGAAGCUAAUUCCGAUGCUGAACUUCAUCCAAGUGCACUUGAUCGAGCAAAAGCAAUGGGUCAUAUUUUAUCUUUAGCGAAGGACCAAUUUUAUGACUGUACUAUAGUAGCAAGGAAGCUGAGAGCCAUGAUUCAGACAGCUGAAGAGAAUGUCAAUGCGCAGAAGACAAAGAGUGCAUUCUUGAUUCAGCUGGCUGCAAAAACAGUCCCUAAACCAUUGCAUUGCCUUUCUCUGCAGCUCACAGCAGACUAUUUUAUGCUUGGUUAUGAAAACAAAGUAUUACCUAACAAAGAUAAGCUUGAAGAUCCUUCUAUCCAUCAUUAUGCCAUCUUUUCUGAUAAUGUACUUGCAACAUCAGUUGUUGUCAAUUCUACUGUGCUGCAUGCAAAAGAGCCGGAGAAGCAUGUUUUCCACAUAGUCACAGAUAAAUUGAAUUUUGCAGCAAUGAAAAUGUGGUUUCUUGUAAACCCUCCGGCAAAUGUCGCAAUCCAAGUUGAGAAUAUUGAUGACUUCAAGUGGCUCAAUUCUUCCUACUGUCCUGUUCUUCGUCAGCUUGAAUCUGCUCGAAUGAAGGAAUAUUAUUUUAAGGCAAAUCACCCGUCAUCCCUGUCUGCUGGGUCUGACAAUCUGAAAUACAGGAAUCCAAAGUAUUUGUCUAUGCUGAAUCAUCUUAGGUUUUAUCUUCCUGAAGUUUACCCGAAGUUAGACAAGAUACUCUUUCUGGAUGAUGACAUAGUAGUUCAGAAGGAUUUGACACCACUUUGGUCUAUUAAUAUGCAAGGGAUGGUGAAUGGUGCGGUGGAGACCUGUAAGGAGAGUUUUCAUACAUUUGAUAAAUAUCUCAACUUCACUAACCCAAAGAUCUACGAGAAUUUUAAUCCUAAGGCCUGUGGUUGGGCAUUUGGCAUGAAUAUGUUUGACUUGAAGGAGUGGAGGAAGCGUGACAUCACUGGAAUUUAUCAUCAUUGGCAAGAUAUGAAUGAGGAUAGGAACCUGUGGAAGCUUGGUUCACUGCCACCAGGAUUGAUCACCUUCUACAACCUGACAUAUCCACUGGAACGGAGUUGGCACGUCUUAGGACUAGGGUACGAUCCGGCACUCAACAAGACAGAGAUAGACAAUGCUGCUGUUGUUCAUUAUAAUGGAAACUACAAGCCAUGGUUGGAGUUGGCUGUUUCUAAGUACAGAUCGUAUUGGUCCAGCCAUGUAAUGUUUGAUAACGCUUAUCUUCAGCGGUGCAACAUUAAUGAAUAACCAGUCUAUGUUCACUUUGCACAUAAAAGAAUUCAAACCACAGUUUCAUCAUUGUCAUCUUCUUCUCUCAUGUAAACCUUCAUUCUUUCAUAGUACGAGAACUCUCAUGUAAUCAUUCUUUUUAAAAAAUCAAAAUGAUUCUUUGUUUAGUGGCAA